AUGACCUUUGACGCCGAAAAGAUCGGCGCUGCCGACUUCAAGAGCCUUGGACCCCUCGUUGCCGAGCUCGACAAGCACCUUACCCUUCGAACUUACCUCAACGGCUACACUCUUGGCGAGGAAGAUGGCAAGAUCUGGACUGCUCUUCGCCUCAACAAGGUCGCCAUUGGCCUUAUCCGAAAGGGUGCCUACACCAAUGUCACUCGAUGGUUCAACCUGAUCGAGCAGGCACACCCUGAGUUUAACGAGAAGCUCAAUGCUGGAAAGGAGAAGAAGUCUGGAGGUGCCAAUUACAAUAUUGGCCUCUCCAACACCGAGAAUGGUGUUGUCACGCGAUUCCCUCCUGAGCCCAGUGGCUACCUUCACAUUGGCCACGCCAAGGCCGCUCUUCUCAACGAUUACUUCGCAAAGACCUCCCCCGACGGAAACGGAAAGCUCAUCGUUCGAUUCGACGACACAAACCCCGCCAAGGAGAAGCAAGAGUUUGAGGAUGCUAUCCUUCAUGAUCUCGAGCUGAUGGACAUCAAGUACCACAAGGUCACCCACUCCAGUGACUACUUCCAGGAGAUUUACGAUCUCACCGAGAAGAUGAUCCAAGACGGCAACGCCUACGCCGAUGACACCGAUCCCGAGGUUCAGAGCGCUGACCGAAAGAACCGUCUUCCCAGCCAGCGACGUGACCGCCCUGCUGAGGAGAGUUUGGCCAUGUUUAGAGAGAUGAAGGCUGGUACCGACCUGGGACGAAAGCACUGCAUUCGCGCACGCAUUGCCUUUGACUCGAGCAACGGUUCCAUGCGAGACCCCGUCAUUUUCCGAUUCCCCAACUGGAAGGGUGAAGAGCCCGCUCCCCACCACCGAACAGGCUGGACCUGGAACAUCUACCCCACAUACGAUCUCGUCGUCCCUAUCCUUGACUCCAUCGAGGGAGUCACCCACGCCCUCCGAACAACCGAGUAUGCCGACCGAAACGAGCAAUACCACUGGUUCCUCAAGGUCUUGAACCUCCGACAGGUCCAUCUUUGGGACUUUGCCCGUAUCAACUUUAUCCAAACAUUCCUCUCCAAGCGAAAGCUCACAAAGGUUGUCGACACUGGACGUGUCAGUGGCUGGGAUGACCCCCGUAUGCCUACUGUCCGUGGUAUCAUCCGCCGUGGUCUGACUGUUCCCGCUCUUCGCGAGUUCAUGUUGAAGCAGGGUCCUAGCCGAAACGUCGUCACCAUGGAUUGGACUACCAUCUGGGCCAUCAACAAGCGAAUGCUCGACCCCGUUGUCCCUCGAUACAUGGCCAUUGAGGAGAAGGAUGCUGUUACUGUCACCAUCACUGGAGGUCCCGAGAAGUCUUACAAGGAGGACAGGCCCAAGCACGUCAAGAACCCCGACGUCGGUACCAAGCAGGUUACUUUCGGACCCAAGCUCCUCCUCGACCAGGCCGACGUUGCUUCUUUCGACGACAACGAGGAGAUUACCCUGAUGAGCUGGGGUAACGCCAUCGUCCGAGGAAUCAACAAGACUGCCUCACCCAUCAACGAGCUCAACCUCGAGCUUCACCUUGCCGGUGACUUCAAGACCACCAGCAAGAAGGUUCACUGGCUCGCCGCCGACCCCGAGAACCUCGUCAAGGCUGAGCUCUGGGAGUUUGGCUCGCUCAUCACCAAGGAUACUCUUGAGAAGGACGACAACCUCGACGAUUUCCUCAACGACAACAGCGCCACCCUCACCAACGCCCUUGUCGACGCGAGCAUCGCCGAGCUCAAGGAGAACGACUUCCUCCAGCUCGAGCGAAAGGGUUACUACCGUGUGGACAAGGCUCUCGGCCAAGGUCCCGACGGCCGAGCUGUGCUGUUCAAGGUCCCCACAGGUGGUCAAAAGGGUUAG